GCAGAAAAUAUGGCGGAUCCUGAUUUACCAAUACAGAAGAAGAUAUUGCACUCAGGACGAGGAGAUAUACCUGAGUAUACUGAUGGGACGAAGGUCAAGUUCCACUUUGUCACUAAGUUAAUGAAUGAAAACCAGCAUAUUCUAGAUGAUUCUAGAAAAUGGGAGAAACCAAUGGAACUAAUUUUUGGGAAAAAAUUCAAGUUGGAGAGCUGGGAGAUGUCAAUCAAAACAAUGAGAGUCGGAGAAGUGGCAUCUUUCAAAACCAAGAAAGUAUACACCCACUCCUAUCCCCUGGUUGCUAAAACCCUACGGGAUACAUUCGGACCCAAGAAACCUGGACACCAACACAGUCAUAAGUCCUCCCAUGUAUGUGGUAUGGCGAUGGCAGCUGGUGGGCUCGGAUAUGAUGAUUUAAAUGAACUAAUGAAGUCUCCGGAAGAUUUAGAGUUUGUGAUAGAAUUGAUUUCAGUGGAAGCAGAAUAUGAAAAGGAAUCCUGGCAGAUGGAUGCAGAUGAGAAAUUAGACUCAGUUCCUGCUCUCAAGGAAGCUGGCAACAAAUUGUUUAAGGUUAGAAAAUAGAUCACAGUCAACAAGU